CCUUCUGUCAACUAAGGCAGCUCCAUACUACAUAUUCGCAGCUUAACACUUUUAUAUAAUACCCUACCUUGAGAGCUACCGAAAAUCCAUAAUUAUGAGGCCCACGCAGCACUCGAUCAUACACUCCCUGGCAAAGAUCUCACAGGUAUCGGUCGACGAUGGCUCGCAGUCCAAUAAGCACAACUUCAUGGACGAGCACGAUGAUGCAGAGCAGCCCGAGAACAAAUUUGUGGCCAACGAGACGGUGGAGGACAUUCUAAAGGAGGUCCUGCGCACGAAGAACUUUCAGCUGAAGCAGUCGGACAGCCUUCUGGAUGAGCACUGCCAGUCCGUGAGAUCCAGGGAGCCGAGGCUCAGGUCGGAUCUGGACCAGGAUCUGGACAUGGACCCGCGGCUGCGCAACUGGAACCGCGUGCUGGAGGAGCGCCGGCGACUGCAGGAGCGGAUCGCGCGGCAGACGGGCAAGCGGGCCGAGGAUGUCCUGUUUAAUCGGUCGGCAACCAUCGACGAGGCCAGCAAGCGGAUGAUCCUGCGCGUCCUGGACACGGCCGACCGUUCUCGUCCUCUCGACCGCCUCCAGGAGAAGACUACCCUGACUUCUUUAAAACCCCGUCGAGAUCCCGACCUCUGCCGCGAGAUCAAAGAGCUGUACGCCGUAAAGCCGCAAUUGCAGCAGGUGGAGUUCAUCGGGCUGCCGCAGGUCACUCAGCAGGAGCUGGCCGCCACCCAGGUGCCGCCCAACGAGGCCGAGAGCCAGUGGCAGCGCUCCAAGGUCCUCAGCGAGCGACUCGAGGCGAAGAAGGAGUUCAUACAGAAGGUGCUGGAAUUUGCACCCGAUCUUCACGAGCUUCAAAUAACGCCGGCAGUGGUGGAACCGCCCAACAAGACGCCGCCGAUAGUCAGACUCGGCGAAUCCUUCUUGAGGCACAUCUCCGGCGACUCCACCCCAGUGGAGGAGCAGGAGGAGGAGGAUGACGUUGGUGUGCUGUCCUAUGAGGAGGAGGGUGAGGGCGAUGGGGAGCCGGAGGCUGGGAAAAUCAUCAAAGAUGUCAUCGAGGGCCUAGUGGAGACCCAAGAUGCGGACAAGCCACAGGAUGUGAACGGACUGAUGAUCAAUGGCAUGCUCAUUGAUUACCGCAAUCCUAUCGGUGCCACCGGCAAUUGCAUCAAUAUGAUGCUGCAAUGUCAACCGUACCAGCGCUCUGUCAAGAUGCUGUUGGACAUCCAGAACCUGAGUCCGAAGUUGGUGCAUGUCUGUUGGUUGAGCAAGACCCGCCUGCGUUCCGAUCGAUUGCCCAUGAACUCCGAGCUCGUUUUUGACCGCAGCGAGUUCAUCCUGGAGCCGAAGGGUCGUCGUCUCGUCCGGGUGAUGUUCCAGCCGCAAAUCGUAGGCCUCUUCACGCAGCGCUGGUACGUUUGCAUCCAAAAAUCGCCGUUCUGCGGCACCCGACGGCUGGAGGUCAUCGUCCAGGGUCAGUGCACCAUGCCGGCUCCCUUUAAGCACCGCCUGGAGAAACACCGGAAGGUGCCGGUGGACAAGCAACAGAAUCUGCAGGCGCACAGCAUCCUCAACAUGCAGGCCAGCCUGACGCCCAUUAUCGAGAAUCCCCGACCAUUGUGUCCCUACCAAAGAGCCCUUGACGAGCGCGAGGUUUUCAAUGCCCAGAACUUUUCCUACCGCUGCGAGCGCUACGAGGAUCUCGAGGCCCUUAAGGAGAUAUACGCACUAGCCAAGAAGCCCCGAGACCGACCUUGGGAUCUGAGUAUCGAGACCCUGCGGCACUUCAUCGGCAAGCAGCAAAGCCGGUUCCUGCGCGAGAAUCUCCACAACCGACUUGUGGUUCUGCUUCAGCCGAUGAAGUGCAACGGGUGCUCGGCAUUUCCCCUCCUGGAGCACAAUCCCCAGCGGGAACGGGCCCGCUUCAUAUAUGUGCGCGGCACCAUCAGUAGCUUCGUGGACGAGUGGGAGGCCAUGGCCGUCGGCCUGGAUGAACAGUACUUCAAACUGGAGCUUCUGCGCUACCUGGGUCAACCUUCCCUUCAAGAAAACGGAGGAGUGACCCAGAAGAGCCGCCAGCUUGAUCCAACUGAACCGAACGAAGAAUUGAAGAUCGUGGAAAUCAUAUCGAAGAGAGUCAGGACUAGCAAGUACCUGAAGGACUCGCUCUACAUGCAGACCUACAAUCUGCUCUGCGAUACCGCCGAGGACAUUGUGUCCGUCAUCGAAAGCACCUCUGACUAAGAUUCCAUCUAAUGAGGUCAUCUCAUCCCAUUCCAACUGCAUUGAAUACGAUCAGAGCACAACAGUUCUCGUUCUUAUAUAUUUUUAACGUGUUUCAACGGCAUUACCCAAAUAAA